AUGCUUUCUACCCGCGGGGAGUCAUAUGCUGAAGCCGGUUUGGCCAAUGGUUACCUUGGCCCCCCCAAGAGCCUCUUCAACAAAGACAACAAGGCCGGUGUUGUUUCUUUUGGCAAUGCAGAAAACUUCCUGAUGCAAGACGUAAUUCUGGAAUACAUCCGCACCCAGGCAGCACCGGGUCUUGACCCUACUUCUCUCACAUACCAUGAAGGCCCCUUCGGCUCCAGGCGUCUUCGAGAAGCCAUGGCUAGGCUUAUUACCACCUAUUUUCACCCCGUUUCGCCCAUCUCAUCUGAUCACAUCGUUUUCACAAGUGGCGUAACAAGUCUAAACGCAAUCUCUGCUCUCAGUCUCACUGAUCCCGGUGAUGGGAUUUUGCUAGGCCAGCCCAUCUACGGCUCAUUCAACGGGGACCUCUGUGUCCCUUCCAACUGCAAACUAGUCUACACGACCUUCCAAGGGGACGAUCCGUUCGGUCCAAAUGCUGUGGCCCGGUACGAGGAAGCAUUCUUAAAAGCACGAGACGAGAGCGGGAUAUCAGUCCGGGCCCUCCUAAUCUGCAACCCGCAUAACCCACUCGGUCGUUGCUAUCCGCGGGAGACUUUGGAGGCUUUUCUGCGGUUUUGUCAAAAGUACCAGAUCCACCUCAUUAGUGAUGAGGUGUACGCGUUGUCGGUAUACGAUGAUGAUGAUAGUGGAUUUAUUUCUAUCCUAUCAAUCAACCCGGCUGACAUCGGGGUAGAUCCAGCUCUAAUUCAUGUGCUGUAUGGGAUGUCGAAGGACUUCGCCGCGGCAGGUUUACGGCUGGGAUGUUUGAUCAGCCAGAACCAGAGGCUCCUACAGGCAGUUUUAUCGAUCAGUCGAUUUCAUUGGCCGUCAACUAUAUCCUGUAGUAUUGCUACUGCUAUUCUUGAGGAUCAAAAUUUUAUCGAGACUUUUCUCCAACGAAGCCGUCGAUUACUUCGUUCGCAUCGAGAUUUGGCGACCAAAGCCUUGGAGGAAGCGGGUAUCCCUUAUGCUCCAGGACCUAUUGCAGGAUUCUUCCUCUGGAUUGACCUUUCCAAGUGCCUGGACCCUACGAUUGUCGCUAACCAAGGCGAAUGGGAAGCAGAAUCGCAUUUGUCCGGCCGGAUACGACAAAUUGGGGUAGAGAUGUCGUCAGGUUAUGCCUAUCAUAAUGAGGCUGCAGGCUGGUUCCGCGUCAUAUUCACGGUGGAUGUGGAAACUCUGAAGGAGGGUUUAUCAAGGAUUAUUGAGUUAUACCGUAGCUCAGGAGGAUCAUCUUAG